GUCCCUCCUGUAAUCCAGCCAUGUUGUGUUGACAAGAAGAACCAGAGGAAGUACUUCCGGUUUCGCGUCCAAUCACAAAAGACGUCAGUCGCGGCUGGCGUUGCUGUUUCUGUCCACAAACAGUGCUAAUGAAACCAAAGUGUGAACGAGUGGAAGUAAAAGACACUUGCGUCGUCUCAGGUGUAAAACAGAGACUCUUUCAACUUCAUUUCAACAACAUACCUCAUAAGCUUACCGAAUAAGUAGUGUAUCUUGCCAGCGGAGAUAUACGAUUUUGGAAGACGCUUCGACGCCAAGAAACACUUCCUAAAACUCGUCUUUUACCAGUUUCACAGGUCAGAGGAAUAUGUCAAAGCUGGAGACCAUGCUGGAAGAUGGACUCAGAUCAGAGUUAAUGCUCCAGCAGCAGCUGAAGACCUUGAGUAAGAACCUCAGGCAGCAGCUGCAGGAGACAGAGAGGAGACAGAGAGAGGAGCUGGAGAGGAGGAUUCAUCAGAACGCUCUACUGUCAACAGAUGUAGACAGAGAGUCUGGUGAUAAAAAUGAAGUGAACCAUCUGGCAGAACAGGUGGGAAUGGUGAGAUCCACCUCCACAUCUCCCCUGACUACAGACAAAGAGACUUUGCAUCAUCCGAGACAGUCAGACACGCCUAACUCAUCUUCUACAGUCUGGGUAUCUCCAACAUACAGGACGUUCACGCUGACUCCUGCCAGGAUUCAACAGUGUGAGCGGUUUGCUUUAUCUAAAACAACACAGAUGAGCAAGGAGGAGGAGGCAGAGGCUGAGUGUCAGAAGAAGUUCUGCGCUCUCCCAGCCCCCAGCAAUGUCAGUCAACCCCUAUAUCAGGAGAUGGUGGAGCUGAGAGAGAAGGAGAGGAAGCAGGGCCGUGAGCAGAGGAGGGACUUCUUGCUCUCCAUUCAAAAACCUUUCAGUUUCCAAGAGAGAGAAAAGGAGAAAAGAGAGAAGCUGAUAGCAAUGUUAAACCAAGUCUCAAAUGAUCAGAAAAACAAGGCUGCUACUGUUAGAAAACCUCGUCACAAAGAAGUAAAAGACUCGUCAGGCUCUGAGCUUAAAGAACAGGAGAUCUGCAGACAAGCAUCCACUUGGACAACAGUGGGUUAUGAGAAUCCUACUGUGUCUGUUAGCUCAAAACUUCGCACUGCUGAGCGCACCAGGAAAGAAAAGUUGGGAUUCCUGGAUGAGAGGCCCAGCUUCCAGCCAAAAAUCAUCCAUCAGGUCCCUGAUUUCAGCAGGCUACACAAAGCCUUGCAGACAGAGGGCCUGAGAAAAACACAGAGUAAAGAUGUUAAAGAUGUGAUCAAAUGUCAGCCCUUCUUUCUGAGGACAUCAGCUCUCCCCGCAAGGCAAAGUAGGAUGAGCCCUGAAAACUCACAGGUACCAAAAAGAAGAAAUCUCAGUAGAAGCAAGUCACUUGGGGCCUUAACAUCACUGUCCACAGACACACUCCCAACAUACAUCACAGAUGCUGUGAGGAAGCGCUGCAUGGCCAUAAGAAAGUCAAUGGAGAUGAGGGAUAGCAAGAAUCAAGAGACUGCAGACUGGUUGAGGAAGUACCAAAUGAGGUCCCAGGCCAUGAAGAAGACAGUCACACUACAUGCAAAGUUGUUGGACCCACACAGCAGCUUGAAAGAGGUGUAUAAUGAAAAACUGCAGCACCAUCGGGAGGCUGACCAACAAAGGAUGAGAGAGUAUACAAGAGAGUUACAGGAUAUCAAGGCACGAGUAAGAGAACGCCCUUAUUUGUUUGAACAACUGAAACAGAAAAAUGCAAAGGCUCAUGCAGAGCAGACAUACAGGAACACGCUGAUGAAAGCCGGCUUGAAGGAGCAAUUUGUUGAAGAAAAUGGAGAAGCAGUUGAAGUAAAAUCAACAUCAACUAGCUCUGAGGACAAUACAGAUGAGAAUGACAUUCAAAGCAGGGAAGAAAAUUUAGACGACGGGGAGAAAAUUGAAGAUGUGGAAGAGAAGAGCGUGAAGUCCCGAGGGGAAGAAAUGCCAUGAUCAAAAAGAUUCAGGCGGCACAGUGUUCCUUGUGGCCUCUCCGCUAGAAAACAACAUUGUCCUCAAAAAUGAUUCAUGUCACGGCUAACUGUCCGCACCAGUUGUUUGAUAGUUUAAGAUGUCCAACUUUAAAUUAUGACAAAACAUCUCGACUAUGCAAUCACAAAUGUGAGGGGUUACAACAAGAAAAUUUAAGUUUAUAGAACUGUAUAUGUUAUAUAAGUAAUAUUUUAUAUGCUUUGAGUUUACACACAUACACACACACAUACACAUAUGCAUAUGUGUGUGUAUAUAUAUAUAUAUAUACAUAUAUAUAUAUAAAUACAAUCUGCAUGGCAUUUCAAGCUGAUUAAACUGAAAAUAAAAAAGCUAAUUUUGUUUUAAGACAAUCAUUUUGCUAAGGAAUAGGAAAACUGUAAUAUAAAGGAUGAUGAACACUUGGUUACCAGAAUAAACAGUUCAAAAACAAAAUGAGAAUACCAGUUGAGACCACUGUGUCUGUAACAUUCAUUUGUAUUUUACUGUCUCUAAAUCAAGAGGCUUCUGAUAAAAAAAAAAAACCCAUAGGUUUUUUUUUUAUAUCAGAAGCUUCUUGACAGUAAAAUGUUUUAUCUGUCAUUGCUCUUAGUUGUGUUUUUCUUUUUUCUUUUUUUAAAUAGAAUGAAUGUAAUUUUUUUAAUUGUACAGUUCCCAUAAGGACACCAAACGUCUGACAUGGGCGUUUCUCAGAUCUUUGGGUUAAAGUUCCCAGUUGUUCCUACAGCCACACUGCCACCUAAAUAAACAGGUCACAGAGACCAGUUCAGUGGUUGGCUCCAAUUCCAUAGACCCACAUCAAAUACUCUUGUACACUGGCCUCCACUGUAAGCUUGUGCUUAGAUAGCUAACUACCAGGAAUUUUAGAAAUCAUUUUUACUGACAAACCACAUGUGAAUGUUGGAAUAUGUAUAUAAUUAUAAUAAAAAAGUCAUCAUGGAUACCAAUGCACCAUAUGGGUACAUGUUGUAGGCCGCUAUGUCAUGCAUUGAAGCCAUUGAAGGCAAUGUUUGCACGAGUUAAAAAUUCCUCUUAAGGUAACACCAUUGAAUGUUGAAAUGUACUACGCAGAGCUAAGUAAGUUACGUACAAUUAAAAUAAAAUUUUGUGUUGCCAGACUGAUGCAAGAAUGGCAGAGAAAAGGU